AUGUGGAAGCCACCAAUAAACUUUCUCUCCCUGCAUUACGCAUGGAUUAUCACUCUCAGCAUUCUGAGCCUAGUUAUCAUUUACCCCUACGGCAAUCUCAAAGCCAUUGAUGCCUAUUUUUUCGGUGCUAGCGCCUCAACGGAGUCGGGUCUGAAUACGGUCGACGUCAAAGAGUUAAAGACCUACCAACAAGUUUACAUCUAUCUCAUUCCGAUUCUGGGAAAUCUGGGCUUCAUCAACAUAAUUGUCGUCAUCUUUCGGGUCAGAUGGUUUGAAAAACAUCUCAAAGCGAUAGCACCGCAUCUGUUGAAAUCACAGACCCUUCCAGGCCAGGAUGAAGAGGCACAAAUCAAACACCUACCAAAUUUGAACACCCCCAUUCAUGAGGCCCCGGCCGAUGAAUCUACAAACGGAGGGAAGGACAAGGUGACUGAGACCAACAGUCCUGCUGGGGAGAGAGAUUUGUUGUCGAGGGUUUCUCAGGAAUCUAGGCAUUCUACAGCUGAUGAUUCUAUGGACCCAAAACUGACUACAGGAAAGGAAUCCAUUCGGUUCGCGGAGCCCGGUCGGCCCACUGGGGGCAAUGACAACGCUCUGUAUAUCCCACCUCCGUGGAAGCGGGAUAAAGGGGCCUCUUUCGCCGAAAUUAAUGAAGCGAUUGAUGAUGAAGACGAAGGAAAACCCGAGAAGAAUCUACGUUAUGGACAAUCUACCAGAAGCCUCCAUUCACGUACCCACACACUCGAACGGGUGAUCACCUCCGUUUUCAUUCUUGGAAGCUCUCCAGGCUAUAAUGGAAAGGCCCAUGUAACGGCACAAAACAACAAUAAGCAGCUUUAUCUACCGAAAAUUUUCUCUCGGGCUACGGUGGGCCGGAACUCUCAGUUCCACAACCUCUCCGUUGAAGAUAGGGAACAGCUUGGAGGCAUUGAAUACCGGAGCUUGAGGCUUUUGCUAAAAAUUGUCACCGGGUAUUUUUUGGGUCUGCAUCUGUUCGGUGCGAUCUCUCUGGUGGGAUGGAUUCUCCAUGCUGAUCAAAAAUAUCGAGACUAUCUUGCUGAAUGUGGCCAGGGCAGCGUUUGGUGGGGUUUCUACUCUUCUCAAACUAUGAUCGACAACCUUGGUUUUACUUUGACCCCAGAUUCAAUGAUCUCUUUCCAGGAUGCGACAUUUCCAAUGCUUCUCAUGAGUUUCCUUGCCUUUGCCGGCAACACUUGCUAUCCAUGUUUGCUCCGAUUAGUAAUAUGGAUCAUGUACAAGGUUUGUCCAGAGAAAUCAUCGCUCAAAGAUCCGCUUCGCUUUCUGCUCGAUCACCCUCGACGGUGCUACACCCUCUUAUUUCCGAGCAAGCCAACAUGGAUACUUUUCGGAAUCCUAUUCAUUAUGAAUUCUGUUGAUGUGCUUCUCAUAAUCGUGCUGGACCUGAAUAACCCAGCUGUUAAUAAUUUGGCACCCGGCCCCCGAGUCCUUGCUGCUAUUUUCCAAGCCGCAUCAGCGCGCCAUACGGGAACAUCUUCUUUUAAUUUAGCUGAUGUUAGUCCAGCUGUCCAAUUUAGCUUAGUCGUUAUGAUGUAUAUUGCAAUUUUUCCUAUCGCAAUUAGCAUCAGAGCCUCUAAUGUCUACGAGGAAAAAACGCUGGGUAUUUACGGCUCUGAGAGAAGCAUGGACGAAGGUGAUGGUCGAACGUACAUUCUUAACCACAUCCAGAACCAACUCAGCUUUGACUUGUGGUACAUCUUCCUCGGAUGCUUUUGUAUCUGCAUUGCUGAAGCUGGCAAAAUUGCGGAUACAUCUAUUCCGGCAUUUUCCGUGUUCUCCGUGUUAUUCGAAGUCGUUUCAGCAUACGGGAACGUGGGACUCAGUCUAGGCUACCCGACCGUCUCAACAUCUCUUUCUGGGGAGUUCACAGUUUUCAGCAAGCUCGUUAUCUGUGUGAUGAUGAUCAGAGGUCGUCAUCGUGGAUUGCCUUACAAGCUUGAUCGUGCUAUUGUUCUCCCAGGCGAUCGCUCAGAGGAUGGUAGGCAUAGCAAUGAGCUUCAAGUUUCACUGAGCGAGCGGUGA